AUGGAUACGCUGGCCUUGGUAACCUCUCUCCUGGGACUGUUCUGUCUCGGUCCAGUAAAAGGGGGAUUAAGUGAUGACUAUAUGAGUAGUGGAGAAGCGCCUUACAUAAUAGAGCAGCCGUUAGAUGUUACGGUUGCUCGUCAUCAGCCUGCGACCUUGAACUGCAGAGCUGGUGGAUCUCCUGCUCCAACGAUAAGAUGGUACAAAGGAGGUGUACUUGUAGUAUCAGAUACCCAUAGAAGCCUUUUACCUGCGGGAGGACUAUUUUUUUUAAGAGCCACUCAUGGAAGAGCACACUCAGACGCAGGAGUUUAUUGGUGUGAAGCCACUAACCCAUAUGGCACUGCAAGAAGUCGCAACGCAACGUUACAUGUAGCUGUGCUCCGUGAAGAAUUUCGCUUAGGGCCAGUUACCACUCAGACAGCGCAAGGGGAAACUGUAAUAUUAGAAUGCUCCCCACCACGUGGUUCACCUGAACCAUCAGUACAUUGGAAGAAAAAUGGACAAAUUCUACACUUUGAUGGAGAUUCUAGAAUGCACUUGGUAGACGGUGGUAGUCUCGUAAUACAAGACGCGAGGCAAACAGAUGCCGGCAGAUAUCAAUGUAUCGCGAGAAAUGCGGCUGGAACUAGAGAGUCAGCUAUCGCUACAUUGAGAAUACAUAUUAAACCAUACUUAAUUGCUGGCCCGGAGGAUAUCGUAGCACAAACCGGAGGGAGUGUGACUUUUCAAUGCAGAGUGGGUGGUGAUCCCCUCCCUGACGUACUCUGGAGGAGGACAGCCGGCGGUGGUAACAUGCCACUCGGCCGUGUCAAAGUCCUUGACGAUAGGAGCCUCAGGCUCGACAAUGUUAUUUUAGCAGAUGAGGGAGAGUAUACGUGCGAAGCUGAUAAUGCCGUUGGAGCAGUUAGUGCUAGUGGAUACUUGACCGUUCAUGAUCCUCCUUCAGUCACCAUGAAGCCAAAUUCUGUGAUUGUAGAGAGUGGUUCAUCAGCUACAUUUACAUGUUCUUCAACGGGCAAACCGGAACCAACGAUGUAUUGGAGCUUAGAAGGCAACAGAACAAUCAUACUACCAGGUACAUCGAGAGGGAAAUAUCAAGCUACAUUGGUAUCCGAUAUCGUUACAGUAUUAACGAUCAAUAAUACAAAUAAAAGCGAUAGUGGAAAAACAAUAGUUUGUUCGGCGGUAAACUUUGCUGGCAGUUCGUUUGUUAGAGGGAAACUAACCGUGACGUCAGACGAUGACCGCCCACCGCCAAUCAUAACAAACGGUCCCUCUAACCAAACGUUACCUAUAAAAUCAAUGGCUGUUUUCCCUUGUGCGGCAAUCGGUACACCAGAACCUAUUAUUGCUUGGUAUUUCGAAGGAGAGGCGCUAAUACAAAAUCAUAGAAGAAAUAUCUCUACUGAUGGGACGCUUAUUUUAAGAGAUUUAGAUAAAGUAGAUAGCGGGACAUACACUUGUGUAGCUUCAUCUCAACAUGGAAAAUAUGUGUGGAGCGGAAUGUUGCUUGUGGAUAGUCCUAUAAAUCCAAAUAUUCAUUUUUUUAGAGCAGCAGAUACUUCUGCUUUACCAGGUCCACCCACUAAACCGCAGAUAUAUAAUAUAACGGAUACAAGUGUAACUAUAACUUGGAAUCAAAAUAAUAAAAUUGGAUCGUCUUCCAUCCUUGGGUAUCAAAUAGAAAUGUUCUCAAGAGAGACUUUACUAGGUAAUAACACGCCGAGAAAUUCUCGAGGAUGGGUAGUGGUCUCCAAAAGAGUUUAUCAAACUCAUUACAUAGUCAAGUCGUUGAUUCCUGGUAUAACGUACAUGUUUAUAGUCAGGGCAGAAAACUCUCACGGAUUGUCUGCGCCAAGCUCAAUUUCAGAAGCUGUGACAGUUGGUGAAGAUAACAAUGUCCUGUGGGAUGGAGUAAUAUUUUCUAAUAAUUCUGAAUUUAGAAAAAACAUCAUGACAGAUAAUAUUGUAGAUCUUAUUGAAGCUACACCCAUAGACUCCAAAACUAUUAAACUUAUGUGGGAAAUAUUGAACUUUUUCUAUUUAGAGGGCUUGUUUAUAUAUUUUAGACCACUUGAUAAUAAAACAACUGAAUAUGAAAUGAAAACAAUAUUACAUUCAAAUGACGUUUCUGGAUAUGAAAUUACUUCACUGAGAAAGUAUACAAGAUAUGAAUUCUUCCUCGUGCCAUUUUAUAAGAAAUUUGAAGGGAAGCCUUCGAAUUCAAAAAUAGCCCAAACUCUAGAUGAUGUACCUGACGGACCCCCAACGAACAUCGAAAUGUUUAUCUACAACACAACUACAGUCCAUUUAAAAUGGCAUCCUCCGGAACCCAAUUUACAAAAUGGAGCUAUUGUUGGAUAUAACGUUGUUUUAAAUUGGCUAGAUAUACCCGCCAACAAGUCAAUGGUUGCUAUUAAUACAACUGUCCAUCAAGCCACGAGUUUGAUAAUGACUAAUCUCACUUCAGGUGUAAGCUAUUCGGUUCAAAUAGCCGCUGAAACUAUAGUUGGCUUAGGGCCAUUUAGUCAAAAAGUAUAUUUAAAUAUCGAUUCUCGUUCUGUUGGAUUAGACCCACUGUCGAGAUAUCCCGUAAACGGAGAAGUUUCGAUUGUCGCAGGGGAUUUCGUAAUGGAAACGUGGUUCUAUUUCUUGAUUGGAGCUAUAGUUUUAUUCAAAAUUGUUAUGAUUGGAGGUAUUAUAUAUGUACGAAGACAUAAUAUUUUUGCAAAGAAGUCUGUACUUCCAAAUAUAUAUGAUUCAAACGGCACAAGUUUGGUAACUCAAAUGAACAUAAAAGCGGCAGUUUCUUUAUCUCAUCCACUCAGCAGCUGCUAUAAUAAAAACACAGUAACUAAAACUGAAUCACUUUUGUGGAUGGAAAAUCAGCCAGGAUUAUGCAUGUCCAGUACCCAAACAAGUCAAAGUAAAGAAAAAACAAAUUCUGAAUACGACAAAGUUGCCCAACAGUUACCUGAAUAUGCCGAAGUAACGGCUUCUAGAGUAAAUGGAAAUGAAUGGAAUACAAGCAAGACCGCAACAUCACCUGCAGCGUAUGCCUCGGUUACACUCGUAGCCAAUACUAGACAAUGCGUCAGCUCUUUAGGAUGGUUUCCUCCUGGGAGUAAAAAUGUCGAAAAUUAUGAUAAUCGUUACGCACCAGAUGAGGAACUUUAUCCUGCCAGUAACGGUGGAUAUUAUAAUAGAAAUGUAUACAGUGAAAAAUAUUUCCAAGGUCACCCGAAUGUCCUCAAGUUUUAUGAUCUACCUUCACGAGAUAAAACUCAAAAGGCUCAACUCAGGUAUAAUCAAAGCUUGGAUGAGAGAAAAGGGGACAAAGGUGUUAAGCCUGAUGUGACACAGUCUCUGAUAGGCAGAAGUUAUGUCAGUUCGAGAAAAAACUCCGAAUCAGAAGCAACAUAUAGAGCUUUUGGUGAAGAUUCAGACGAUGACAAUUACGGUGAUGACGGCGGAUAUGAUGAACUACAAGCAAUGCAACCGCAACGACAAAGACCUAAGCAUCAAUACGAGCGGCCUAAUUUUGACAACGAUCCUACAAGAACGUUGGCUCGGCUGACGUCUUUCAAACAUGGACAAAGUGUUCUGAGCGGAACACAAGGAUCUCAUGCACCUAUCCAUCCUCCACCUGCUCCACAUCCAAGAGUAGAUUCAGUGACGCGG